UAUAAACUGGCGCUCGGGCAUUCAUUUGCGUUGGUUGAGGUUCGUUGGCGUGAUGUGAUGCUUAGCAAGAACAGCCUUGUUCAGGACUACAGACGCCGUUGGCGCCAGCCUCUUGGUAGACAUGGCGGAAUAAGGACAUCCAUCGCGUGAUCAGCGGUGUCGGGGAGGGGGGAGGCUUGGGAGGUAUGCUCCGGUGACGAUGUGGCUCUUUCUCGGUCGAUGACAUGUAAUUGUGGGUGCGAUUUGCAGAAGCGCUGUUUUUAAGGACUGUCUUGGCAAAUUGGUUGGGGGUAUCGCAGGUGACAGCCCCUGAUUGCACACCGGAGCCUGGUGCUUUUGAUGGGGGAGGCGUUUUAAGGCGUUUGGCUUAGAAUCUAUUUUGUGGGUUUCUGAAAUUUCCCGCUCGUCGUGGUUUUCGGUGAAAUGUUAGCGGGAUAGUGCCGAUGCAUAUUAUCCAGGGCAGGUGUCUCGACAUGCCUCUCCUUAUUUCAAUUGGUAGCGACGCUACGAUUGGAGUUUGAUUUUUGAGGAAGUCAUCUUAGGAUACCCGUCAGAGCGUGCCCUUGAGAGUGCUUGGGUACGGGAGUGUAAGAUCUGUGCCCAAUUCACAUGCCAGCGAGUUUAUGGCGGUGGCUGCAGUUGCGCUGACAGGCCUGACUCAGAGGCCAACUUUCUCAGAGGGUACGUUGACCCCUUUGCCCAUUCGGCGGCGAGGAAUCAAGCUUCCGGCAUUGGGAAGUACUGUUGCGUCCACGUCAUGGCAGAAGAGGCGCGGGAGGCGACGGAAGGUUGCACCCAAGCGCAAUCAGAAGACGGUUGAUCCGGAAUUCGACUUGGUCAUUGUGCCCGCGGAUGGGAUCUCCAUGUCUGGGUCGGAAUCCGAUGUGUCCGACUGGUCUGUGGGCUGGUUCGAGCCCCACCACAAUGGUUUCACCACCGAGAAUGAGAUAGAGGAUAGCUUCGCGGUGCUGGUUCCCUGCUAUGGCGCACCAUCUCCCAACAUGGCGUCUGCUGCGAGGUCUCCUUUUAAAGCAGAAGAGCAGCCUCCUUGGGCCGCUGUGCUCGCUAAUCUCUCCAAGCAUGCCACUGAAGAGAACAAAAGGCAUUUGGAGAAUUGGCUUGCGUGCCUGUGACAGUAUUUAACAACCUUACAAGCGGUGGUAUUGUGAGUCAUGGAGGGCAAUUGUUGUCUAUUCAAGCUCCCAUUACUCAUCAGCAUGGAUGCUCUCUCCCCUUUGUACAUAAGCAUCCGAGGGAUUCACUGCUAGGAGAGAGGAAAAAAAGAAGAGAAAAAGUCGGCGUUCCAGGGGGUUCAAUUCCUAGGCCCUUUCGUAAAAUGUUACAUAUGACAAUUGGUUGCCGCGUUGUGUUAGUAUCAGUUCGACUGACUAACUAACUAACAAGUACCGUCAUCGAAGCGAACAUUAUCUGUACAGUAGACUAGUGUUACGUAGUUCGCCUUCGGAGACGAGCACAAGAAAAUUCCAUAAAUUCAAAAGUAGUUGUCUGGGUUACGAGGAUGGAUUGUUUGAGUACGUGGAGGUUACUUCAGAGUCUAGAUUGGACGCAAGUACUGCUCCUCUUGGUGGUAUGAUUCGCUGCCAUUGCAUCAAACGAGGGGCACCAGAUUCUGGAUCUGGCCUCAGCACUCUUGGUGUCAUGUCUCGCUGCAGAGGAAUAUAUAUAUAUAUAUAUAUAUACAUAUACAUAUCGAUAUAUAUAUAUAUACCUCGCUUCAUGUAUAUAUAUGCACAUACAAAAACACAUAUUCACGGAGUCUGGAACAGAAGCCUCCAGGUUUUGGCUUCGCAAGAGGACCAUUUUGUGUUUCUUAUCCAAACUGAGAAUAGAUUUGUCUGUCGAAUAUGACAAACAGCUUGUCCUUUUCCUGA